GCAGGAGCUGGUGUAGUUUUCUAGAAAGUUUAAUUUAUAUUUUAUUAAUUUGUGAAAAAAGAAUUUGAAACAAAAUUGAGACAAUUUACAAAUUCGUAAAGGGAUAUUUUCUUAUUAGAUAGCUAAGAAGAAGGGCAGAAAGGCAAUCACAAUACACACUACACCAUGGAUAAUAUUGCAAAGAAGAAUUUUCUUGAAUUGUAUUUGGUUAAGCAGAAAGAGCUUGGCAAGCGGCAACGUGAAUAUAAGAAAAUACUUUCCACCAAAUUGAAGACACGUAAAGAGACAAUUAUCGAGGCGAGCUAUCAGAAUGCUAUCGAACAAUUGCGUUUAGAGAAGGAUGACCUGCGUGCGCAGAUUUGGGUGGCCAGCGGUAUAACGCAUCAGCGCGAUAAUAAGCGUUGCUUGAAAAACAUUAAAUGCCACGUGCAAUGCCAGGAGAGUUUGGCGGACGAUAUACGCAAGCUAAAGGUGGCCAUUGCCAAUUUGGAACGUGAGAUUAGUCGUGUGAAUAAACAAGUUUACGAUUUAAAUCGUAAAACUGUUCCGGAUACGCAACACCAGGCCUACGUGGCUAAAGCACGUAAAAAGCUGAUGAUAUUAGAGAAUCAGUUGGAAGUCGGUAUACGGCGAGAAUGCGGUUUUGCCGCUGCAAAUGCUGAGCUACGCGAGGAACUUAUAAAAAUCCUCAAUCAUCGAACCUUCUUCAAUGAAUCUUAUACGAAAUUGGUUCAAAAGUUGAACAGUGACAAAAAGUACUUAAUUGAUUUGAUCGAGUACGCCUUGGGAACAUUUGAUAACUGCAUUGAAGUAUACGAGAAGAUUGACAAUAUUAUUAAACGUGAAACUAAGGAGCGCGAUCUGCGUAAAGUAGAAAUGCAAGGUAUAAUGCGAAAAAUUGCCGCUGAUGCGGACAAUACCGAAUUUAUGGACAUAAAAGGUAAGGCACGGGUCAUGGCCGAUCUGCAACCUAAAGAGUAUGCCCGUCGUGAGAAAUUCCGACGUGAUCAUACCAAGAAAAUCAAUUUAUAUAAUAAGAUUUUGGAAAAGAUACAGGCUUACACACAAACGCAAAAUGUUGAAAAAGUGAUUGAGAAAUUCCAACAACAGGAAAGUCUUUACUAUUCAUACUUCAAUUAUGCGAAUGAAUUAAGUUAUCACAUGACAUUGCUCACCAAUUCGGUGAAUCGUUUAUACAAUGAUAUCGACUCGUUGAAGAAAGCGAAUUUAAAUACGCUACAAGAACAGACCGACACUAUAGCUAAGCUGGAAAAUACAUUGCAGGAGAAGCAAAAGAAAAAUGCGGAAUUGAAAAAGAUUAGCGAUGCAAACGAUGCACGAUUGGAUAAUUUGUUGCAAGGUAUUAAAACCCUAUUCGAUUUGUGUAAAGGUGACGCUGCACCUCUUAUGGUCUUGCUCGGUAAUCAUACGCAAGUUGAUCUCGUCAAUGUACGUCGUUUUCUCAAAAUUUUGGAACGUCGUAUUUUCGAUAUUACAGCCAGUGUUUACGUUAUGGAACGUCAAUCUGACGCACGAAGCUAUCCAGACUAUGUCGUUAAACAAAUUGAAAAAGUAUGCGAAUGGCCUACCGAUAUUAAUGAUAUCGUCCUUACCCAACAAUGUCCCGAAUGUGCCGAAGGUGAAGCAUUCAAUAUGGAUGAUGCUGGCGAUGGUGGUGUUGUUGUGCAUACCGUCGAAGAGGCUAAACAGAAAUUGCACGAGAAAGUCAAUCAACCAGAAAUGCAAUAUCGCUUGCAUAGCAUCAGUCAAUGCCGUUUACCGCGUUCACGCGUUUUGGCUGCCAAGAGACAUGUGUGAUAUGCCUUAUUUAGUAUAUCAGUAUGUAAUGUAACACUUUUUAGGGUCUUAUCAGCAUGAAGGAUGUUUUAGGUUGUUACUCAGUUUUUUCUAGUUCAGUUUGAUAUGAAAGAUAAUGACGGCAGGACAUAGCAGUUCAGUAUUCCCAGAGAUUUCCAAUUUUGUAGAGAUAU